CUAGGUAAUCCCCCCCCCCCCAUUGAAAUGCCCAAGUUCAAGGUUGCAAUUUGUGGUGGAGGUAUAAGUGGUCUUUGCCUUGCGGUCCUCCUCUGCAGAGAUCCUAGUAUCCAAGUCGACAUGUAUGAAAGCGCCAGUCGAUUCGCUGAGAUCGGUGCUGGAGUGAUGAUAUGGUCGCGGACAUGGAAAAUCUUAGAGGCUGUCGGAUUGGCAGAAGACUUUUCCCGUAUUGCACAUCCUCCUCCUGACGGGUCAAUCGGCGUUGGCUUUGACUACAGACGAUCUGACCAGGUUGAGGAAGGGUUCCAAUUUCGUCUCGUCGAAAUGGCAUACGGAUGUAUUCGUUUCCAUCGUGCUCAUUUCCUUGACGUUCUGGUCAACCGUUUGCCUCCUGGAGUAGCACACUUCGGUAAACGACUAGCUGCUUACUCUGACGAUUCCGAGGCAGAAACCAUAACAUUGAACUUUGCGGACGGAACCACAGAGGCUUGCGACUUACUUGUAGGCUGCGAUGGCAUAAAGUCUACUGUCCGCAAACAAAUGUUUGCUGAGGAAGGCGGACAUGAUCCUGUGUUCACAGGAACGAUUGCAUACAGAGGUCUUAUUCCUGUAUCAGCCCUUUCUUCUGAUGGAGCGGUUCAUCGUACUGUUUCUACACCAAUGAUGUAUUGCGGCAAGGACAAGCACAUCGUCAGCUACUCGAUUUCACAAGGAUCCGUUGUCAAUGUCAUCACCUUUAGGUCUGACCAUGAGAGGGAGGGUUCCACCUACCCUGAUACAUGGGUGACAGAAUGCUCGCAGCAAGAGCUUCUUGACUGCUAUUCUGGCUGGGAGCCGGAGGUUAUUGAGAUGCUUCAGCAUAUUGAAACCCCCACGCGCUGGGCACUGCAUCAUCUGCGUCCUUUACCUCGCUUUGUCAACAAAAAGGUGGUAUUAGUUGGGGAUGCAGCCCACGCGAUGUCGCCCCACCAAGGUGCUGGUGCUGGUCAAGCUAUUGAGGAUGCCUUCGUUCUUGCUCGUCUGCUUAAGAUCUGUACGUUAUCAACGCUUCACCUUGCAUGCGAGGCUUAUCAACAUGUCCGACUACCGCUUGCUAACCGGGUUCUCCGUGGGUCUUAUGAAUCUGGAAUGAUGUACGAGUUCACUAGCGAGUUUGGGGAUGACUAUCCCAGACUCGGACCUGCUAUAGAGAAGCAAUGGGCUUGGAUAGAUGAGACGGACCCAGUAGAGGUUUUGCAACGGGCAGUGGACUAUUAUGACUCGUUGUUGUUGUCGGAUACAUAGAUUUACUGCUUCAGCUUCUCGACUAAUUGAGGUAUCACUUCGUACAAAUC